CACACUUCUUCUACGAAGUUCGUGUGGUUUGAAGUAAGUUUAGACCGCUGGAAACUCGGACAAGGUGAGAGUGGAGACGUACUCGUGCCACGUUUGUGAAGCUGACGACUCUGAACAGUCGCCCGAACAUCUGUGAACCUCUGCCGUCAGACUGAAAGGCUCCGAGUGAUAAAGAUGGGAACUGACUCGUCAGCGCAAAAGUUGACUGAAUCACACACGGUUUCAUCAUGUUUAAAGGAGAAUUGACGACUUCUUGCUUUGUUUAAAGUACGAGUUCCGCUUUGGACUGGCUUACUGGCAGACAGACACACAUGCUUACUCAUCCACUCCCCGACAGCUGCUUGCCUGCCUCCAUGACGGCGGAGCCCUGAGGCUGGAGGAGUUGAGUCGGGCCGCCGUCGGGGUUAUCCGGCCCCUGUCAGGUGAAAGGCGUGGCGUUGGGCGGGUGAGCUUUGUUCAAACUACACCUGAAAGAAAGAUUUAGUAACCCGAGAUCUGGGCCGAGUUGGAACCUGUGUUAGAGGGAAGUGGUAGCGGAAUAUUUCCCUUAUGAAAACCCUUUCCACUAAACGGAUCCGUUUAUUAGUCUAUGUCACGAGCCCAGGUCACGAGGAUAUUGUAUGGACCGUAAUGACAUAUCACACCUUUUCGAGGCUUGACCCUUCGGACCAACAAGUGGAAACUGGGUCAGAGCGGUGUCAGUACUUAACCGUUUAUUGACCGGCGCUCAAACUGGGGCAAUGGCUUUGUCUCAGAUCCAGUGUCUGGACGAACACCACGUCAACUGGCGCGUGAGCGAAAGUAAACCAGAGUUUUUCUACAGCGAGGACCAACGGCUGGCGGUUGAGGCUCUCAUCACCAAGGGCCGCGACGCGUUCACGGACUACAUCCGUCAGAAUGGUGUCCGGGAGUUUCUCUCAGAACCGGAGCUUGAGCGUAUUGCACACAUGGCAGAGGCCUAUCGGCCUGGGUUCGAGCAUCACCAGAAACCAGAUACGCCCGGCCCAGGGAGCACUGCUCCGGGAUCCGGGGAAGAGGCUGAAGACGGCGAGGUGUCGCUCGAGUACUGGCCAGACCGGUCUGAGGCCUCUGUGGCGGAGCUGGACCUAGGGUGGCCUGAAGCCAUCUCUUACAGGGGGGUCACGCGCGUGACCGUCCACACGCAGCCUCCAGCAGACGGACACACGCACAUCAAAGAAGUGGUGCGCAAGAGCAUUGCAGCAGCGCAGAAGGUGAUAGCUGUGGUGAUGGAUGCAUUUACAGAUGUGGAUAUCUUUCGAGACCUGCUGGACGCAUCCUACAAACGCAAAAUUCCUGUGUAUAUAAUUAUUGACAUAGCUGCAGUCCCCAGCUUUCUUUCCAUGUGUGGCAGAGCUGAUAUGCACCGUGGCCACCUAAAGAAUCUACGAGUGCGAUGCUGUGGAGGCUUGGAGUUCUUGACGCGAUCGGCACAGAAGGUUCGUGGAUCUUUGAGCCAGAAGUUUCUCCUGGUGGAUGGAGAUAGAGCCAUCUCUGGUUCGUACAGUUACACUUGGUCCUCGUCUCGUUUGGAUCGGAACCUCAUCACCGUGAUCACAGGACAGGCUGUGGAGACCUUCGAUGUGCAGUUUCGUGACCUAUACUUUAUGUCCAGAGGUCUGUCUCUUAAUAAAGUUCCCAUGGUGGACGAGCCAGCGCCUGACCCAGUGCCUCAGAUGGCACCAGCUCCUGUCCCAGCUUCUGUUGCAAGGAAACUCAUCAAUCCCAAGUAUGCACUUGUUGUCACUGGAACUCACACAAGUCCCACCUCCUCUGACCAGAACUCCAGCAACAAGAACUCAAACCCCCAGAAUCCUGCUGGGCUGAAAGUGAUAAAAGGAAGGUUGAAGGAGGUUAUUGUAGAGUCACCCAUACAUCCAGGGUUAGCCAAUCUGGAGAAAGCAUACUUGAUCCCAUACCUGCCCACUUGGCCAGAGCCAGACCCACCAAGUGAUGUGAUUGGCUUUAUCAAUAUUAGAGAUGAAAAGAGAGCCAAUCAGGUUCACUUACAGAGGUCAGAAAGGUUUGAGGUUAGUCAGGCUAUACGGUUUAGCUCACCACUGGCAGUAACAGCCCAGGCUGAGGAACCUGCUUCAAGUCAGGGGACAGCAGUUGAAAAAUCAUCUGGGAACUCAAGCCCAAAAGCUUCUACUCCCACGAGUCCCGCCAAACUGCUCAAGCCACACACCGCUCCAAACAAAGACCAAACUGAUUCCACAGAGUCCCCUCAACAGCCCAACACCCCUCCAGCACAGGACACCAGCAAAUCAAAUGCACACACUUCUGUUCCACAAAUCAAAGUUACUGCUGAUUCACAGCCUACAGACAAUGUUAUUCAAACCCCAGAAACACAACCUGCAGCACCUCCUGUACCUAAACGGCGUACGCUGCAAUUAGUCAUAGACCCUGCCCUGCGUGAACAGCCUAGUGAAGCCCAUGUAACUCUGGUAAAAAUGGACCAACCACAAAUUCUAAUCAAAGAGCCAUCGCAGAAGGAGAAGACACCAGGCCGUGGUCGCCUAACAUCAAUGAAAGAUGGUGGUGACUCUGGAAGUAAUGAAGAAGGCAGCCAAGACAGCACGAAAGUCAUGUGUGACCGAGCAGGCAAUGAAGACCCCUCAAGUGCGUCCACAGCAUCAGAGGAGGAGUUUUAUGAUUGUCCACAGCAGGAAUCAAAUGACCCAUUAACCAAUGGUGUACAGACAGGAUCAGGUCGAGGUCAUCGUCAAGGAGAUGGGCUCAACAUGAUGGCCCGCCUUUCUCAGAGUAUGCUAGAGUUGCGGGAGCCCAGCCAAUUAGAAGACAGCAUUUCGCUCAUACGUCAAUCACAGCAGCUGCGCAGACAGGGACACCCGUCCCCACACAGACACAUAGGACAGCUGUUCCAAAUCUCAAGAUCUCCAGGUCGGGAUGCGAGACUAAAGGGGCCCAAAGUCAUCAUUGCUAAACCAGGGAGUUUUCAUCGCCCUGCUCGAGCAGCUGGUCUUGUGAUAGGAGGACAUCGUUACUGGCAGGGCCAAACGUCGCAGCCUGAUUCAGCCCGUCUGCAGGUAGAAACCCGCUCUGGACGGUCACCACGACGACACAGCCCAGGCUACAGGAAGACAGAUCACGUGUCACCACAGCCGCCAGCCGGCCCGUCAGGCUUAUUCGGAGUGCCUCUGUCAAAACUCAGCAACUUUCGAAACAUGAGAGCGCGAGGAGGAGCGUCUCAGAAGAAAGUGUCUCAGAAUAAUAAGGCUGCCAGGUAGAACUGUGCAGGUAUACAUGGGUGGUCCUUCUCUGAGACUGGUGACACUUUGGAAUUUUUUAAUCUUCUUUCUGAUUUGAAACCCUGCGUCACAACAAACAUUAAAAGUCUAUGUAUGAUAAUGGAUUUUACAAACAUGCUGAAGAGUGUAUGAGAAAACAACUUCUAAUAGGGAUAUGUCAGCUGAUUUGUGUUUACAAACGCAUAAACGGGAUGACACGGAUACCUUCUAUUUGUUUAGUAGGAUAUGUUGCAGAUGGCAGUUUUAACAGAUGUGGUACAGUGUUUUUUAAGUUCUUGUGUUCUAUGCCGUCUGUUAAACAAUAUUUAGAUCAAACAUCUCUAAAUUACCUCAGCUGCUUUCCUUACUUUUACACGGUUGUGUAAUGUUUGUACAAGUCCAGCACACACGGAUGUAACAUAUCUAAGAUAUUAAGAUCCGUUGAUACAAAUCAAACUUUAGUACUGACAGCACUGUGUGGUUACAGGUGGUGAGAGGACAGGGCUACCCUGUUGGUUUCUUUCAAUAAUUGUCAGAAGUUGUUGAUUACUUGCACAGAUGUAAAAAUGUGCAGCUGUUAAGCACUGUCUUGGGACCAAAACUGAAUGUUUUAAAUAAAAAAGUAAGACUUUCUGAA